AGUAGCUGGAAUAGAACUUUGCAGACAAUAAGAACCUGGUGAAAACCUUUUCAAUGGUGUGGAUUCUAAGUUGCUGCUGAUAACGAAUAGUACAGAGAAAUUCUUUCUGGGUUGUGGCAGCCAGCAUAUCAUAUUUCAGCUAUUUUGAAAUUCUUUGUAAAACUGGACAUGCAUAACAGAAUAGAAUGUAAUUACUUGUAUAGUGUAACACCUCAUAGCAGAAAACGUAUUUCAUAAAGUCAAUUGAUGCACUGCUAGAUCAUCAUACAGCAGCUGUAAAGAAAAUUUCAUUUUCAACAGUUUAAGGUUCUUCUCAUGCAAGUAAUGCAUUUAAGCAGAGACCUUUUGACAGCGUAGGAGAGGAAAAUAAAAUUCCAGUUUGCAAACAACUACACAGAAAAAAUUUUGGUCCCUAUGAUCAUUAGUAAUAGACCAGCCAACAUCCAUCCAACCUAGGGCAGCUGGCCAAGAAUCAUCUACCUGGUCAUCAGAGACAUCAGUUUAACAUGGGUGAGCACACAUUGUCAAAUGUUGUAUGGCACUUGCAGUAAUUCUCACUCUUGCUGUCAUAUCCCUUGUGAUAUCAAUUGGAAUAAACAUUCUUCUUUACAUAACAUUACGGAAAGAAAGACAAAAAGUCGAUUAUGAAGAUUAUCAUAUGAGAGCAAAUGUGGAAUAUUCAAAUCCAGAGGAAUGUGGUGUUCCAAGGUUUCCUCCCAUACAAUAUAAUGAUGAGAAUCCUAUUUAUGGAAAUAUAAAUCCAGACACUGCUGAAAGUGAUGAAGUAUGUUAUGAACUCAUGAACAAACCACACAGAGCCGAAGACAAACCAAAGGCAGAUGCAGAGCAUUUUAUGUGUUAUGCCUCACUUGAUCACUCAGCAGAAAAAAAACGGAAAAAGAAAGGAGGGAGAAAACAAACUUCUGAUGAGUUUCUAGAUAUAGAUAUGGAACAGAAGAUGCCAUCAAGAACCAAUAGCACUCUGGCUUCCAGGAACAGCAUCUACCUCAACAGCCAGCAGUUAAAAGAUUCCAAUGGAGAUGAAGCAAUUCAUGAGGAUCCUGCAAUACUUCUAAGCAAGAUUAAUGCAAGUCGUUUUUCUGAGAGUAGUUAAUCUUUUUAACUUCUUUAAUUUAUUCAUUUUUUAAUGUAAAACUCAAUAACAAAGUUUACUGCAUCACUGCACAACCAGCUCUGGUUCUGAUAACAGGUCCUCAGAAACCAACAACAACAUUUAUUUAUAUAGCACAUUUUCAUACAAAAAAUGUAGCACAAAGUGCUUUACAUUAUGAAG